AAAUAUCGAGAGCAUGUAUAUAAAUACAAGUUGAAGGGUAUUGGCAUGUGUUUUGUUAGAAAAUUCACGAGAUAAAGGGGGUAGUAAAGAAAAAAUAGAUAAGCUUAUCGCAUGUUUGCUUCACGCAAGCAGCUUAAUAGAGGGUGGAGUUUGCUCCCUCGCGUGGCUUUAAAGACUUUCUUCUAGUGUUUUAAAUCCUCUCCCCCAUUAAAAUAAUCCUUACCACUUUCAACACCUCAAAAAAAAACCAAUACCCACCAAACCAAAAACCAAGACACCCCAUAAUAAAACCACAGCUCUUCUUACUUUCCUUCUUCACUCCCUUUUUGAAGAAGAACCCUUGAUCAUGGGACCUAUUCUACUACUUUAAGAUCAAAGUGUUGCACGGUUUAAUCAUGAGUUCAAAUCCUAGUAACAGCGGUGGCAGUGUAGGCGGUGGUUCUGGCAGUUGCAGUGGUAGUGCUGCUGCUGGUGGUGGUGGCGGCGGUGGAGGAGGGCCUUGUGGCGCUUGCAAGUUUUUGAGGAGGAAAUGUGUGCCUGGUUGUAUAUUCGCACCUUAUUUCGACUCGGAGCAAGGUGCAGCCCAUUUCGCAGCGGUUCAUAAGGUUUUCGGUGCAAGCAAUGUAUCGAAGCUGCUUCUUCAUAUCCCAGUUCACAAACGACUCGAUGCGGUGGUCACCAUAUGUUUCGAGGCUCAAGCUCGGCUUCGAGAUCCGGUUUAUGGCUGCGUUGCUCAUAUCUUUGCUCUUCAACAACAGGUGGUGAAUUUGCAAGCAGAACUAUCCUACUUACAAGCUCAUUUAACUACACUAGAGCUUCCAUCGCCUCCUCCGCCACCUCCGCCACCGUCACAAACUCUAGUUGCAGCACCUCCUCUCUCGAUAUCAGACCUCCCAUCAGCCUCUUCAGUGCCGGCCACAUACGACUUAUCAUCACUUUUUGAUCCAAUGGUAGCGCAAACUUCAUGGGCCAUGCAGCAAAGGCAAAUCGAUCCACGCCAAUACGGAGGGACCGGCUCAGCCUCAUCGACCGGUUCCGGGGAUCUCCAAGCCUUGGCUCGUGAGCUCCUCCAUAGACAAGGGUCACCACACCUGCCGUGCACCGAUGCUUCAGUGUCACCGGCACCAUCACCCUCGCGAUCGCUCUCUAAAUGAGACUGACCCCUUUCGUUUAUCAUAUGCUUGCCUUGAAUUAUGUUAUAUUGCAUUUAAUUUUCAUGUUAUAUUUCAUAAGGCAAGUAAUCGUAAUAA